AUGGAGACACGACAACAAGCUCAACGCCAUCAAUACACCAUCGGUUGGGUAAGCGCCCUCCCCAUUGAACUUGCCGCCGCAGAGGCAAUGCUGGAUGAAAAGCAUGAAACUCCGCCUCAAAAUGCCAGUGACACCAAUAUCUACACACUUGGGCGGGUCGGCAAACAUAACGUGGUCAUCGCAUGCCUACCGGACAGUCAAAUGGGUACGAAAUCAGCCGCGGUGGUUGCAACGCAGAUGAGAUCUACGUUUCCGACGAUUGUAUUUACCCUUAUGGUUGGUAUUGGGGGAGGUGUUCCACAAGCGACUUUGGAUAUACGUCUUGGAGAUGUUGUGGUCGCAACGAAUACCGGAUUUCAGCGGACAGGCUUUUUAAACACUCCCCCAACAAUAUUGCUGAAUGCCAUAGCGCGGCUCAAGGCAAACCACAUUGGCGAACAACCUAGUUUUCGGAAGGAUGUCUCCAAGCUGAACAGGAUAGACACAUUCAACCGCGAGGUGGCAGGCCCAGACUAUCUAUUCAGUGCCGACUAUGAUCAUAUUAGCGGAGAUACGUGUGAACGGUGCGAUAGAAAAAUGUUGGUGGAACGGACGCAACGUGACCAAGAAGCCAUGAUUCAUUACGGUACCAUCGCAUCAGGGAACCAGGUCAUGAGGAAUGCUCUUGAGAGAGACAGAAUUAGCUCCGAGCUCGAUGGGGCUCUCUGCUUCGAUAUGGAAGCAGCCGGCCUGAUGAAUGACUUUCAAUGCCUUGUCAUCCGCGGUAUCAGCGACUAUGCAGAUUCGCAUAAAAAUAAAAGAUGGCAGGGAUAUGCUGCGGGAACAGCAGCAGCGUACGCAAAAGAGUUGCUCGCAGUCCUUCCGACCAUAAAUAACGUCUCAAAUCUGAGAAAAGGGCUGCGGAAGACGACCAAAAAACCUUGA